GCUAUAUGUUCAUUUUAUUUACACCCAUCAGGAUGCUCAUUGCGACUCGCACAUCUCCGUACGGCAUUAUCGACCUUUUGUACUGUGUGCUUCUUUGUGAUUCUCAUCACAGGCGUGCUGGCCCGUUUGGCCUAUAAGGGAACGAAUCCACGGAAAUGGUAUAAGGAGGAUGGUGGCUGGGAAUUGCAUGUAGCUAGCACGAUUACCGAAUGGCUUUGUGCAAUAGCAUUCUGCGCCUAUAUUUUGACGUUCACAGACGAGUUUAGAGAUGUCAGAAUAAGUCCUCCAAAGGUGAUAUGUAACAUACACCGCUUGAGAUCAAGUAAUGAAAUAUUAAAUGAGAGCCAAGACUCCGUGGUUCAUGAUCAGACGAUUCCAUCGACCAGCACCUGAUCGCUUAUAGGCAGAGGCGCC